AUGCUCUCCACCACCACCCGCCGAGCCUUCUCGGCCCUCACCCGUCCAAGCCUCCAAUCCGCAACCCUCUCUCCCCUCCGCUCUACUCCCGCCGCCCUCCACCGCCUUCUCUCCGCCCUCGCCGUCCUCGAACAACGCGACGGCAAGCUCAACACAGGCUCCCUCUCCGCCAUCACCGCCGCCCAAAAACUCGGCGGCACUAUCCACGCCUUCCUCGCCGGCAGCUCCAUCAAGCCCGUCGCCGAACAAGCCGCCAAAGUCCCCGGCGUAGAAAAAAUCAUCGCCGUCGACAACGCCGCCUACGACAAGGGCCUCCCGGAGAACUACGCUCCCUUGCUGGUGGAAAACAUCAAAAAGGGGGGUUACACCCACGUCAUCGCCGGGCACACCGCAUUCGGCAAGAACCUCCUCCCCCGCGUAGCCGCCCUCCUGGACGUCCAGCAAAUCUCGGACAUCACCGCCAUUGAAAACGACAAGACUUUUGUCCGGCCGAUUUACGCCGGAAACGCGAUUGCUACCGUUGAGAGCUCGGACGAGGUGAGGAUUAUCACCAUCCGUGGGACUGCAUUCCCCGCUGCAGAGCCGGCUGAUGGGACAGCGGCAGUGGAGGAGGGGGUUGACCCCAAGGUUGAGAGCGCUACCGAGUGGGUUGGGGAGGAUCUCGCCAAGUCAGACAGGCCUGACCUUGCGACCGCGCCCAAGGUUGUCAGUGGGGGGAGGGGGUUGAAGUCGAAGGAGGAGUUUGACAGGAUUAUGCUCCCGUUGGCGGAUACGCUGGGAGCGGCGGUCGGUGCUUCCCGUGCGGCGGUGGAUAGCGGGUACGCGGACAACAGUCUGCAGGUGGGACAGACUGGCAAGGUGGUGGCGCCGCAGUUGUAUUUGGCGGUGGGGAUUUCGGGGGCUAUUCAGCAUUUGGCUGGCAUGAAGGAUAGCAAGGUGAUUGCGGCGAUUAACAAGGAUGGUGAUGCGCCAAUUUUUCAGGUGGCGGAUGUUGGGUUGGUGGGGGAUUUGUUCGAGAAGGUGCCUGAGUUGACGGAGAAGCUGAGGGCGUAG